AUGGAUAAAACAAAUAUUCGGUUAUAUAUUUUUACAAGAUUCAAACUUGGCUUUAACGCAACACAAAUUCAUGAAGAAUUGUGUGAUGCUUGGGGUGAUGGUUGUGUAUCUUAUACCACAGUAGCCGAAUGGAUUCAUCGCUUUAAACAAGGUAGAACUUCUUUAGACAAUGAUCCAAGAAUCGGUCGAUCCGUAACCGAAGCUACUGAUAAAAAUAUUGAAGUUAUUCGUGCAUUAAUUGAUGAAAAUCCACAUAUUAGCAUUCGAUAUAUAGCUUUUGAGACUGGAUUGUCAUAUGGUAAUAUUAACAGAAUUAUUCAUGAUGAAUUAAAAUUGAAAUAG